UACAGGCAGGCAAUUGGCGAAACAUUCUGAGAAGCAUCAUAUGGAUGCUUAUGAGGGCGCUGGACAGGGGCCUAACUAUAGUAAAUCUUCACUCCCGUCCAUGUGCAAGAUGGAGAAAGUUCCUCAUGAGCCAGUGCUGAAACCUCUAGGAGGAUAUGAAGUAGACAGUAGAAGAACGGGAUCCAUUAGGAACCCUGAACAAGUAAUAGACGUAUCACUAAUGGCUGCAAGUUCAAAGCAUAAGGAUCAUGAGAUACACAAGAAACGUGUUGAUGCAAAUGUUAACCAGCUGCUGCAACCACCACAACCUCCCCCCUUAUUCCUCCGUGCUGAGAAUGCUGCCAAAAGUCCUGCUAUGACUGAAGAAGCAGCUAGUAUUUCUUCAAGCAAAACAACUUCAUCUUCAGUUAGUGUUUUCACCAUUGCAUUGCUUCAGCAAUAUACAGAUAGCUUUUCUGAAGAAAAUUUUAUUGGAGAAGGUCUGAUUGGCAGUGUUUACAGGGCUGAGCUUCCUGAUGGAAAGUUACUUGCCAUAAAGAAACUGCAUGCUACAACUUCAGCUCAACUGAGUGACGAUGAAUUUCUUGAUUUAGUAUCGAGUAUCUCUAGACUUAAACAUGCUAAUAUCGUGGAGCUUGUGGGUUACUGUAACGAGUGUGGUCAAAGGCUACUCGUUUAUGAGUAUUAUGGAAAUGGUACACUUUAUGAUGCAUUGCAUAUUGAUGAGGAGAUACAUAAAAGUUUUUCGUGGAGUGCACGUGUACGAGUAGCAGUUGGAGCUGCCAGAGCUCUCCAGUAUCUACAUGAGGUCUGUCAGCCACCAAUUGUGCACCAAAAUUUCAAGUCUGCCAAUAUUCUUCUCGAUGAAAAGUUUGCAGCAUGUGUUUCGGAUUGUGGUUUGGCUCCUUUAUUAUCAUCUUGCUCCACAAGUGAGUGGUCAGGUUAUGCUGCGAUUGAGCUUGAGUCUGGUAACUAUACUUGCCAGAGUGAUGUCUAUAGCCUCGGAGUUGUAAUGUUAGAACUUCUCACGGGACGGAAGUCCUAUGAUAGGACACGGCCUCGAGCAGAGCAAUCUCUAGCUCGAUGGGCUAUUCCCCAGCUUCAUGAUAUUGAUGCCUUAUCAAGAAUGGUUGAUCCUGCUGUAAAUGGAGCGUAUCCAAUCAAGUCAUUAUCUCGUUUUGCUGACAUCAUAUCCCGAUGUGUACAAUUGGAACCCGGGUUUAGACCACCAGCAUCGGAAGUUGUCCAGGACCUUGUUCACAUGCUUUAGAGGAUUUGUGGAACAAGGAGCGAUGAUUUAGAAAACAAAACGUAAAAAACGGUAUGCAUACGAGGCUAAAAUUUUGGCAGACGAAAACAUAUGGGAUGUUGACAGAGAGAGCCUCUCACAAGUUUGAUAUGGUCACCAUAUCCCUUCCUGAAUUCUUGUUGAGAUGGUAUCUGAAAGGUAAACUAGCUACAUUUUUCGCCUCCUUAGCUCCUUUCCUUAUCCAUCAGAGACAUGGUAGUGUAAAUAUUGAUCAGUUCAUGGUUUAUGUCAAAUUCUACUUGCUAAUGUAGUUUGUUUGUGUUCAUCAAUAUCUGCAGUUCUUUACAGUUUUGAUAUGUAAGCUUUUUGGUUAAUCUGUUGCUUUGGGCUGUAAGGUGAGUUUGUUUAAAUGUUUGCUCAAGUUGACUUGUCAUCCUUUGUUAUUCUUUAUUCAGAUGUUAUCAACAAAAAUUAUACUUGGGGUUGGGAUAUAAUACAGAGUAUGUAUAUUAUAUAUAUCCAAGGUUUGGAAUCUGUUGAUGGCAAGUCCCCAUCUCCUUUUUAAACUCUCA